GGAAACCACCCCUACUCCGAAUCCCCCGCCUACAGAAGAAGAGAAAACAGAAUCUAAUCAGGAGGUUGCUAACCCAGAACACUAUAUUAAACACCCUUUACAGAACAGAUGGGCACUCUGGUUUUUUAAAAAUGAUAAAAGCAAAACUUGGCAAGCAAACCUUCGAUUGAUCUCUAAGUUUGAUACUGUUGAAGACUUUUGGGCUCUGUACAACCAUAUCCAGUUGUCUAGUAAUUUAAUGCCUGGCUGUGACUACUCACUUUUUAAGGAUGGUAUUGAGCCUAUGUGGGAAGAUGAGAAAAACAAACGAGGAGGACGAUGGCUAAUUACACUGAACAAGCAGCAGAGACGAAGUGACCUCGAUCGUUUUUGGCUAGAGACACUGCUGUGCCUUAUUGGAGAAUCUUUUGAUGACUACAGUGAUGAUGUAUGUGGAGCUGUUGUUAAUGUUAGAGCUAAAGGUGAUAAAAUAGCAAUAUGGACUACUGAAUGUGAAAACAGGGAAGCUGUUACACAUAUAGGGAGGGUAUACAAGGAAAGGUUAGGACUUCCUCCAAAGAUAGUGAUUGGUUAUCAGUCCCAUGCAGACACAGCUACUAAGAGCGGCUCCACCACUAAAAAUAGGUUUGUUGUUUAAGAAGACACCUUCUGAGUAUUCUCAUAGGAGUCUGCGUCAAGCAAUCGAGAUUUGGGAGCUGAACCAAAGCCUCUUCAAAAGCAGAGUGGACUGCAUUUAAAUUUGAUU